CUACACUACACACAACAAAACGUACGACACACAAGUUACUCUAUAGACAGUAUUUACAGACAAGGCAUUUCGGAGGCCUAACGUUCUAAUAAGAGAAAUCCCACCAGCUUCUGAUAAAGUAUGAAACUCUUAUUUGGCCUCUGUGGGCAUUAAGAGAGAAGCCGCCUUUCUAAAUAAAUGCGAUACAACCUGCAGUCUAAUCUGUCUCUGUGCACCCCAAAUAAAUGGGAGCCCAUCUCCCUGUUCUAGAAAAUGCACCCUAUGCAGGUAUCUUUUACCCAGGAAAUACAAGAUCCUUAAAAACACAGAAUAGCAAACUUUCUCUAAUGUUCAAAUACUUCGCUCUAGUCAGGUUUUGUAGGAAUAGGAGCUCUCGCCUGGUGCAACUCCUCUGGACUCGUCUCCUCUCCUGUCCUCUCCUCCUUCUUCCCUGCUUCUUUUUGUCCUUGUGCUCUUAAUGUGAUCUUGUAUUGUGUGUUUCUGUUCUACUCAUUGACCAUCAGUAACCCCCACAACUUUACCUAGGUUAACCAAGCUAUAAACUUUGCAAUUUUAUUUGCUCAGGGGACCCCCCACAUCUCAACAAACAUCCUCUCUGGUUGAAGCUAGAAGCGUUUACAAUGCCCAGUGUCACAAACAUUAUCUAAAAUCUAAGAGACACUUCUCAGUCAGGAAAAGCUGUAACAGUAUCAGCUGCAGUAUUGGCACCUCCCACAGCCUGCAGUGUCUCCUUUCACUGUACAGGGACACCGGUAUGGAAAAGGUCCCCAACACCACUUACAGUGGCUGCCUGGUUUUCCCUAGAGGUCUCCCGGGCUGUGUCCCUGAGUCCUGACAAGAUCAGGCUGGAGCUGGGCUCACCUGUCCAGCUCUUCUGGAGCUGAGGAUGGAGUUUCACUACAGCAGGAGCAGCAGUGAAAUCACAGGAGCCAAGGAGUCGGAGAGGAAGAUCAUUUUCACCAUUAGCGUCUCAUUGCCCAUGACAAUUCUGUUUGCUCUACAGUAAUAACGCUGACCAGUACAAUGCUAACACUGAUGUGCAUUCCAGCUGGUGUUCGAGGCCGAGGGCGCGGGGGGCGUCGGCACACACAUCGCCAUCGAUGACAUCACCUUCAGUCCUCACAGCUGUCCAGAGCCAGCCUCAGUGUGUGACUUUGAGAGGGGGAUGUGCAGCUGGACUAACACCCAGAACCCCAAGCUGGACCAGCUGGACUGGGACUGGACCAGCACCGAGGUGGAGAGGCAGUACCCCACCCCCCCACAUGACCACAGCCUGGGCACUGUGCACGGUCACUUCCUGUUUCUGCCCAGCAGCCCCCGGGAGACAGCAGGGCAGAAGGCCUGGCUCUUGAGUCCACACCUGCCCCCAACACGUGGCACCUGUCUCCGGUUCUGGGCAUACCGGAACCCCCUGUCCGAGGGGCGGCUCCGUGUGGUCUUGCUGUCCGCGGGGGAGGCUGUGGAGCUCUUUCGGGUGGAGGGCGCCGAGCAGUGGACACGCUAUGAUGUCCUCAUCAGAAGCGAGAGGGAGUACCAGAUUGUGUUUGAGGGGGUCAAGGGUCACUCAGGAGUGCAGGCCCUGGAUGACAUCAUCUACACCCCUGGGGUGAACUGCCCUGGAGAGCAGCCGGACCCGCCCUCCUCAGCUGAGCCUCCUGACAGCACAGCCGGCGUUGUGGCGUCCAUCAUCAUCCUACUCCUGCUCCUAGCCACACUGGCCGUACUGCUCGUCUUCUACCUGCGUCACCGCCAGGGGGCAGCACCGAGCCACACUCCGGAAAUGAGCUUCAAUAACAUCACUUACUCCAGCUCCGACCAGGACAGGGUGAAUAUUCCACCCAUGAGCCUGGGGCCGGCGCAGUAGGGGGGAGGACAGUGCUUUUGCUCUGAUGUGCUUCCUGGAGGCACCUUCAUUCAACUGGGUGACACCACAGCAGGAGAACUGCUUGUGUCACCUGCAGGCUGCCCCCCUAUGGGCUGCAGACACGCUUACACACACACACACCCACAGACUCGCUCACACAGGCUCACUGACAUGCUGACACUCAGACUCACACUCAGACUUGUAGCAUGCACACACACACGCUCAAACACCUGUGCUCACACAAAGACGAACUCGCGCUCACACAGCCUUGCACUCAAGACACCCUCAGUCUCACACAGACAUGUUCAGACUCGCAAUCACUGACUUGUACGCAUGCAGACCUGCACACACAUGCCCUCAGACUUGUACUUGGACACACUUGCAUGCAUCUCACACGAGCACAGAUAGACACUCGCUCACUCAGACUUCUACUCACACAAAGACUCACACUCAUUCACCCACACUUGCACUCACAGACUCAUGCUCACUCAGUCUCACACUCACCCAGUCAUGCGCUCACACCGAGUUGCACACUUGUGCUCACACACAGUCACACUCAGACUUGUGCUCUCAUAGUCAUGCUUACAUUCACAGACACACACACACUCACGCUCAGACACACUUAUGCUCACACUCCGACUCACACAGACUUAACACACUCAUACUCAGACUCACACUCACAUUCGGGUUCAUACCCACGGACUUGCGCUCAAAGACUCAGACUCGUGCAGACUCGCACAACUGACCCGUGCUCAUACUCACACGCACUCAAACAGAUUCACACUCCCACUCGCACACAGACUCGUGCACACCCACAUGGACACAGACUGCGGUGCCGCGAGGCUGACCGAGCUCACCUGCACAGUGCCGGCUGCAGUGGACCAUGGCAAUGCAGGUGGGCAGAGGAGGCCCUGGUGACAGAGGCGGAGCUGUAUCAUGGGGGUGUGGCCAGUUGUUGCAAUGGUCUCAGCCUCAGGUUAUUAUGGCGAUAAUUAUCAUUCAGUAAUGGUGCAAUUAUAACAAUGACUUACGAUCUUGAGUAAAUUUCAGUAGCAUAAAGAUUACGUUUUGUAUAGCUUCAAUGGCUGUACUUUUCUCUUCUCCUAGGUACAGGGAACAGGGCCACAGCACUGACUGUGGUCACCAAUACUGCCCAUUGUAACAGUUUGCAGAAAAAUUACUAAUUUCAGACUCAAUAAAGCAUGAAAAAAUAACACAUUGUCCAUCACUGCGUACUCUGUAUUUGUAUUUGUGUGCGGGGGUAGUUUCACGAGAAACAACCAAGAGUAAUUCCAAAAGGAACGUCCACUUCCCACCUCUGAGGUCACAAGAUGGCAAGUUCAGCUCCACAGCAGGUUAAUUAUUUUAUCAUCCUAAAAACUAAAAAAAAUAAUCAAGCUAUCGUAGGUAGGCAAGGUUACUUUAUCUCACCAUGAACAGCAACUGGGAACUAAUUCUAGUUUACAUAAAUACAUGUCUCAAGGCUACAACAGCAUCCCAGUGGUGAGUUGACCCCAUUGUAUGUAAAUCUGUUAGUUUGUACAUGUGGCGCUGUGUGAGUGCAAGUAUCUGAGUUUGUAAGUGCAUACCUGUGUGUGUGUGUGUGUGUGCCCAUGUGUAUAUGUGUGGGUUUGUACAGUAUGUGCACCUGUGUUAGCUGAGACCCUUUUACUGUCAUUCAUGUGUAUCUCACAUGAAACAAAAGCACAGCCCUUUACAGAAAGGGGUUUUAUUUAGUGAAACAGUGCCGAUGUUACAAGCUGAAAAAAUACAGCAGCUUCUGACAAGGCCCAGGUAACACAUAAUUUCACUAAAUAUUCACAUGGCAGUAAAGUGGCGCGAUUAUGUCUGACAGGAGCUACGACACUAUAGAAAGACCAGUAUCCUACACAAAUUACAUGCGGCAGCAUCUUGGAGCAACAUAAUCUCUAACGCAAAAGCAAAGUUGCACAUGGAAUGAACAAUCCCAUUGAGAUGUCCACUUGACCGUGUCUCUGGGGUGGCUGCAACGCGCCACAGUACAAAACACCACCAACUCUCAGGGACUU